AUGACUGGCGACAGCCAGCAUGGCUUCUCCGAGGGGACGUUGUGCCUGACAAAUUUGGUAGCCUUCUAUGAUGAGAUUACAGCGUUGGUGGAUAAGGGAAGAGCAACUGAUAUCACAUACCUGGACUUGUGCAAAGCAUUUGGUAGUGCCCUGCAUGAUGAUAUUCUGACACCGAAUGAGAACAGCAACUUCCCCUACCAAGUACCUAGCUUCCAUAAGUGUGACAUCUGUUUGUUGUCGUUUCCAAGAGAGACCCAGUUCCAGCGCCAUAUGAGGGAUCAUGAGCAAAAUGACAAGCCUCACCGAUGUGACCAGUGUCCGAUGUCAUUUAAUGUUGAAUUCAACCUGACACUUCAUAAAUGUACUCACAAUGGUGAAGAUCCUACGUGUCCUGUGUGCAACAAAAAAUUUUCCAGAGUAGCCAGUCUGAAAGCUCAUAUAAUGCUACAUGAGAAAGAAGAGAAUCUUAUCUGUUCAGAGUGUGGAGAUGAAUUUACUUUACAGAGUCAGCUGUCCAUACACAUGGAAGAACAUCGUCAGGAAUUGGCAGGCAGUAGAAUCCACAGCUGCAAGUCGUGCAAAAAGGAAUUUGAAACUUCCUCACAGCUGAAGGAGCAUAUGAAAACUCACUAUAAAAUAAGGGUAUCAAAUACCAGAUCUUAUAAUAGAAAUAUUGAUAGAAGUGGAUUUACUUAUUCCUGUCCUCACUGUGGAAAGACGUUCCAGAAGCCAAGUCAGUUAACACGACAUGUUAGGAUACACACAGGUGAAAGACCUUUCAAAUGCAGUGAAUGUGGAAAAGCCUUUAACCAGAAGGGGGCAUUGCAGACCCAUAUGAUCAAGCACACCGGUGAAAAACCCCAUGCUUGUGCCUUUUGUCCUGCAGCUUUUUCUCAGAAAGGCAAUCUUCAGUCACACAUACAGAGAGUUCAUUCAGAGGUGAAGAAUGGUCCUACGUACAACUGUACAGAAUGUAGUUGUGUCUUCAAAAGCUUGGGUAGCUUAAAUACACAUAUCAGCAAGAUGCAUAUGGGUGGUCCACAGAAUUCUGCGAGCGCUUCAACAGAUGUAUCUCAUGUUACAUCGGUAAGCUUUGCUUGGCAGCGACUAGUCCCUGCCCUCCCCAAGGCUUCUUAUACCCAGGGCACAAUUAACGGCUGGUUAACGUUGUUACCGUUAAGGUACACAAUUAGCGGCUGGUUAACAGCGCUAAUGUCUCGUUUAGAUGACCCGCAGCUGAUGGUGGCUCCGCCCAUGCUAGCUCGGCUGCCCACCCUCCAGCUACUGGCCCCCGGCACAGAUCCCUUCCCCAGCACAGUUUUACCUGCCCCUGAAGCUGGUCUCUGCAGCAAAUGGCCGCCCUUGCAAAACAGGUAUGGGGCUCUAGACAAUGAGAGCCAGAUCAGUAAUGAUGAGAUAGCAGAGAGACAGCCAGAAGCAAUCAAAAGGGACUUUAGGGCACUGGGACGGAUGCUUGAAGGAUCAGGUGCACAGGUUGUGUUUGCUUCCAUUCCUUCAAUUACCAGGAAAAAUAGUGGAAGGUUCAAAAAAGUGAAGCAGCUUAAUACUUGGUUAAAAGGGUGGUGCCAACGGUCUAGCUUUGGGUUUUUUAACCAUGGGGAAAUCUACACGGCACCUGGUCCACUAAAACCAGAUGGGAUUCAAAUGACAUCAGUUGGAAAAACAUGGCAGGGAACAAGCAAUCCAGGGGAUUCCUAG